AUGUCGUCCUUUAUGAACACCUCAAAUAUCUUUACAUCCGAGCACUUCUCACACGGAGCCUUUCAAGACGGACUACCUUCACAAUGCCAACCAAUCACACUCCAAUCAGUUCUUCCAUACGUCCUGGUGAUGUGCCAGUGUGCAUUACUUCACCCGACUUUUGCUCACUCAAACCUUGCUCGGUUGACCCGAAUGGGUCUAACACCCAUCAACGUGAUUUGGUCACUUACUCUUCCCUUUCGUUACUGCAAAACCCCACUGGAAUUUAGCAACCAGAAAAAUAUGGGAUUGGCAGCAAUGGCAUUUUACACAGCUGUGAAGUGCUUAGAGUGGGGAUUCGCCUCCGGUGCAUACUAUAAGCGCCCCCUUAAGACCAUUGAUGGAGUACUGCAAUGGGAGAAAAACAAAGAGGAUGAGACCUUCAAAAAGGAUCAAGAGAAUGAGCCUUGUAAUGCUUUCAAGUUGAUCACUUGGACACUUCUUCAAUUGUCGUCGAUGCGUGGGUACAACUUCACAUGGGGACCAGCUGCUGUGGCCAACACUUUCAGUACUGCUUAUCUAAUCAAACGUUUCAUACGAAUCAGCGUUCCUUUGAACAUUGCAGUCGUCUUCAUCACCUUGACCCGCGAUUCCCCAUUGAAAACACCAACUUCAGCUCUCCUAUCGAUUGGGGUACCCAACUUCCCCGGACUGAAAAUCCUCGCAGAGUCUAUUUACUCGGUCAGCUUCGGUGCCAUGUUAGCUUGCACAAUGGACACUCGUUUCACCCUUUCUACACUUCUCUCUAAGGCUGCAUACACUAUUAUGAGUUUUCUUCAAUUUCCAGAAGAAAUUCUCGAAUUAGUCAAUCCAUUAUAUCUACCACCUAUGUUUCAUUCACCUCAGAGUGCUAGUUCUGUUGCUGAGUUUUGGGCUGAAUCUUGGCAUACACUUUUAAAGAGAAUGUUUGUUAUGGCUGGGGGGAAACCUUUGGUUUGGAUUACAAAGAAAUUAGGUGGUACUACCAAACUUCAAAGAUUAGCUGGAUUGCUCGGCAUCUAUCUCGCAUCUGCAGUGCUACACGAAUACAUCAUCCUAGCAAUGGCUCAACCACCACACUCUAACCCACAUACAAUCACUUCAUUUCCUGGUGCUGCCAUCUUUUUCAUGCUUCAACCACUUGGCGUACUCAUUGAGCCAGCUAUCAUUCCCUACAUACCAAAGCGAAUCGGAGGAGGAAAACUAUGGACUUUUCUCUUCGUACUCGCUACCACGUAUCCAUUCCGAGAACACUACUUGGGAGAGGCCAGGUUGAGUGCACCUCUUCGACCUCUUUCUCAAUGGUCGCUCUUGUACACAUUAUCACCGCUGAAACAAUAG